AGUGCCCAGCGAAGCACUGUAAGAACCACGUUCACGAAAACAGCCAAAUGACUACUGUUUCUAAGGAGAAACAUGGUAGUGUACGGAAAGAACAUGCUUCUGCUCAUUUGGGGAAUCUAAAGGCAGAAUAUUAUCGUUCCAAAUUUAACGAUGUUAUGAGGUUUCGGAUUCGCACGAUUCUGUAUCCAAUUAUUCGAGGAGAAACGCCUCUUAUAAGCAGUCUUCAAAAGCGAUUCCGUAAACCUUCUCUUGAUACAUACUUUGCUUUAAGUGCAUUUUUUGGUACUCACUUCUUCUUUUUAAUUUCAUUGCCUAUUAGUUUCUGGAGUGGUCAUUUGAGUUUUACAAUUGCGAUGGUUCAAUUAUUUGCAUCGGGGUGCUAUAUAACCGGCUUCAUUAAGGACUAUUGCUGUCUUCCCCGGCCCCGUUCUCCACCUGUUAAACGUAUAUCCUAUACCAAGGGCGCUAAUUUUGAGUAUGGUUUUCCCAGCACUCAUACCAUGAAUGCCGUUUCUACAGCCACUUAUUCGCUAUUCACGGUGUUGCAUUAUUCUCGUGAUGUUCCUUUAUGGCAAACAUUUACUCUCAUUUCUGUUAUCUUUCUUUAUGCCUUCUCCAUCAUGAUAGGCCGUUUGUAUUGCGGCAUGCACGGCUUUCUUGAUAUAUCUUCUGGUUGUGUCAUGGGAGUGAUUCUUGCUUACUUCCGCUGGACUUAUCGAUCCUUCUUUGACGAUUUGUUCUUUAGUCCCUCUAUCUUAGUCCCCUUGAUCUCUUUCGUUCUCUGUAUCUUUUUGAUAUGGGCAUUGCCAGACGCAGUUGAGAACUGUAUUUGCAUUGAAGAUAGUAUUUCUUUCGUUGCAGUAAUACUCGGAAUCAGUAUCGGUUCAUGGGCUAGUACCGCAAAAACGUACAACUACCUAAAAAUGCCUGCUUCUCAAUCGCUUAUUGUACUUAUUACUCGGAUUUGCAUAGGCGUUCCAGUUGUUGGGCUGUGGAAAGAAUUGGGUAAAUUUAUUCUUCUGAAAGUUCUUAUAAGGGUAUUCCAUUUUCUUGGAAAAGAGGAUUUAGAACCAAUUCGCAUUAGCCAACGGGGAAUUAAAACUGCUGCGGAUUCUGUAUUCAAUCAACAAAACACGACUGGAUUAGGCGUUUCCACCGCUCAUCGUGAUCACCCUCACCCUAUUAGAUUUGACCACGAAACUGUUGCUCGAAUUAUCAUAUAUGCAGGCAUUGGAUAUUUGGCGACGCACCCCCUUCCCCUUCUGUUUAAAUGGCUGAAGGUUUAACAUUCACUGAAGGAAUAGCCCCUACUUUAUCUACGCAUAUUAUUCAUCAAACUCAUGAUACUACACAAUGCAUAUCUGUUGAAAGAGACAGCUUUAUGGCUGUUAUAUUCAAAUGAAGGGAAAAUUAAUUACAAACGCGCUUCACUUACUAAAUUUGUUUGUUUAUGCUCUUCUAAAAUGAGUAUAGCAUUUUAGAUUAGAAUGUUGACAGACUGAACUUGUUUCACCAGAGUUUUCGGCUUCUGCUAAAAGGUUAAAAAGGAUGUAGUAUUAAAACGAGACAGAAACGAACAGAAACGAAAAAUUUUACAAGCUAAACUGGACAAUAUCCGAGAAAUGAUCACCACUUCUGUUCUUUUUUUUUUAGAAUCUUCUAACCGAAACUGAAAGCAGCAUCCGUUCAAUGACUUUCUGGUAUUUAUCGUUCGUGUGCAGAAGGCGUAGUAUGUUUAGCAUUUGAUAAACCUCUAGUGCUUCAGAAGAAGUCGCGGAAAUAAACACAGAAGCAUCGAAUUGUAACAGUUGGGGAACAAAAAUGUAGUUUCGAAAACAGACAAGGAGCAUCAUAUGCACAUUUUUUAAUGAGAUUGUUUGGUCAACCGACAGGCGGGCCAUUGAAGAACCAGCAGUAUUAUCCAACUGCAUGAGUUCCGAAACCGGCACAAAAAGACUUUCCAAAUAUGGUAAUACGUGUGUGUAAAACAACGUCCAACGCUGUAGCAAACUAGAUAAUGAAAAAUUAUUGGUUUCAUCAUGCAAAUAACUCUGAACUGCUAUCACGUCUACUCGGAUAUCAUGCAGCAUUAAUUGAAGGAGUUGAUCCACAUCAGCCUUUGAUGAACAAAGGCGUAUGCAUUGGUUCAGUACGUCAUUACUUGUUUCUAUAGUGGAUUCGAUACUGAAUUUCUUAUUUUGUUUCAGCGCUUCGAUAAGAGGACGAACUGUAGCAUAGAAUUCAUCCCAACAACUUUGAAUUGUAACUGGUCCCUUCUUGUGUUCUCGUAUAUGCAAUGAGUUUCGACAUCUUGAGAGUACCUUCUGUUUCGUGCUUACUCCAUUGGCAUGUAAUGAUUGUCUCUGAACUUUUUUUUCUGAGAGGGAUCCUGAAUUGUUUUCUGAGCUCUUUUUCCGAGACAUUGGAAAACAAAAACAUGGAGAUUUUCUCAUACUUAAGACACUUCAUGGAUACGUUUUCGUGCUUUAUCCAUGACGGUAUUGUCGCACUUGGCCUCAGGAAAUUUCUGUUUACAUUUAGGCAUCGAGGUCAUAUACUAAACAGAGUGACGAUAUAGAGUCGCCCAUUGAAAACAUGCGAAAAGUCUAAUAUUCUAAGCGAACCUUAAGUUCAAACGAAGAGCGAUAAGCAGGAAUCCUUUUCGGUUAACAAAAUUUGCUGCAACUGCUAAAAGAACUUUUUUUUGACA